UGCGAACGGAUGAGUCAUCCAUUCAUACCUUUGGCUUGUAACUCAAACUGUUUGCUCUCAUUCAGUGUCAUGGGGCCUUGUAUUUAUAAUGACGGAGCGUUUGUCUGGGAGCGUGUUGGCCGACACGUAAAAUGGUGCCAACGAAAAGCAGCAGGAGCAGGAGCGAGAGCCGAGGGAUCGUAACACUGGAGCUCAAGGAAAAACCAUGGACUCUGCAUACAGCCCACCACACCUGGACACCCACCAUGUUCCCUGCUAACCUCCUGCUCCUCAUGGUGCUGCUGCUACCUCAAGCCUCGUCCGGUCGCCAGGGCGGAGACGCCGGCGGGGCCGUCCCCGGCAGGGCGUCUCCCGCGCCGUCCCUCUUGUCCCGCCCGCCGGCCGGUUCCGCGCUGGAGCCCAACCUGGCCGCGACCAUCCAGAGUCUCCUGCUGAGCCGGCUGGGCCUGCGGUCGCAGCCCGACCCGCGACCCGGGGUGCCGGUGCCCCGGUACCUCCUGAACCUUUACCGUUUCCACCAGCAGCAGUACCAUCUAGUGGAGGACCCCUCGUUCAGCUUCCCCAGUCAGCACAUUGAACAGGCCAACACCAUACGCAGCUUCCACCACAACGAGCUCCUUGGAGACGGCCCCAUCACGGAGGACCAGAGAGUUCACAUCUCCUUUAACAUCUCCUCCAUCCCUCAGGAUGAGAAGGUGCUCUCCGCUGAACUCCGGCUUCUUCGCAGUGACAGAGCCUCCCUGGGCCCCGGGCCCCACAGACUAAACCUGUAUUUCUCAGAGAACCACAAUGACCCUGAGCCCACUCUGUUGGAGACCAGAUUACUCUCCACCGGUCUCCAAAGUCAUGAAACAGGUGGCUUCUGGGAGGCUUUCAGUCUCAGUGCGAAGCUCCUGCAUGAGGCCCUCGUCGGGAGCGGCACCCUGGGCUUCCUCCUGGAGGUCCGGCCUGAGAACAGCACCUCAUCGCUACCGGACCAUAGCCUCUCCUAUGCUGCACGUGCGGAGGACCCACAGAAGGAGGGACACCUGAGGGUGUGCAGGUCCACGGGGCAGGACGAGCACAGCUGGGCGCAGGAGAGGCCCCUUUUGGUGACCUACACGCACGACGGGCGUGGGGAGCCUCUAGUCAAACACAGCAGGAGGAUCCAGGGGGGCGGCCAAAGGAAGAGAGGGAACAGGGAGACGAAGGAGAGGGCCAGAAGCAGUGGCACGGGUCUCAGUCGAGGCCAAGCCUGGGGGAGGGCCAAAAAAACAGGGUACAGCGGGCAGGGCCGAGGGGGGCGGAGGGGCGCCGUCAGCUGGAGCGAACGCGGACGGGUGAAGCGCAACGGCGGCAGGGCUGCGAAGCUGAAGCGCAUCUCCCGCAGCCGGUGCCGCCGCCACCCCCUGUACGUGGACUUCAACGACGUGGGCUGGCACAAGUGGAUCAUCGCGCCCAGCGGCUACGACGCCUUCUUCUGCCUGGGAGAGUGCCGCUUCCCGCUGGCCGACCACAUGAACUCGUCCAGCCACGCCAUGGUGCAGACGCUGGUCAACUCGGUGAACGGCGCCGUGCCCCGCGCCUGCUGCGUGCCCACCUCGCUCAGCCCCAUCGCCCUGCUCUACCUGGACUCCCAGGACCGCGUGGUGCUCAAGAACUACCAGGACAUGGUGGUGGAGGGCUGUGGCUGCCGCUAGUGGGCAACGCGGGCGGACGGGCGUCGCGGGAGUAGGCGAAGGGCGGACACGUGGGAUGGAGAGCGGGGAGCGAGGGGGAACCGCAGACGCCAGCUCAUAUUGAGGAGACGAAUGAGGCAGCGAGAGGGACGGCGCGAAGGAUGGGUAGGAGGAAAUAGAGGCGAUUAUCAUCAGUAGCAGGAGUCUGGCGAAGACGAGACAGGGGAAAGGGAAUAAUCUGCUCCACAUCUGGAAAAGUAAUUAGGUAAUAAUGCAGGAAAAGACGUCCAAGCAGAAACACGGUCACAACUCAACGAAACUGCCAGGAAUGACUUUCAUCUCCGUCCAUUUCGCUCCGAAGCGGCCGCGCCGUCGCCCGACGCCGGCCGCUCGCUCCAGUCACGCUUCAGCGGCCGCAGUUCGCCCCUCACCUCUCUCUCUCUCUUCGCACAUCUGUCCCAUACUCCCGCGUAGAGCCGCGCGGACGAUCGGCGUUAGCGAGACGACGACGGCAGCGGCGCUCGCGCUGCGUCCGCGCUGUCCAGAGCAGCCCUACAUCACAAGCUAUUUAAAAACCACAACAAUAAUGCCGAGGAACUAUUAUGCUAUUGUUUGAAUGUACUACUAUCACUAUUAUUUAAAGAAACAGACUUUUGGUUUUUUGUACAUUUCUUUUGCAGACAUGAAGGAGAUCCAAGUGACGGCUGUCUUGUAAUUACACAUAAUUCCACUGAAUGGCGAUCCUAACUUAUAAGACACAUGAUAUAUUUAAAUAGCAGCAAUAUGGUGUAUUUAAUCUUGAAGAUAUUUAAGAUAUCUGCCCCCCACGGGGCAAGAACUGAAAGCCUGUCGUCCACAUGAAGUACGCUAUCGUAGCCUUAUAUCUGUACAAAUGUUCAGUGUGUUGAAUUAUACCGUCGACGUGCGUGAGCGGUGACGCCUCGAGCUCAACUAACAAACCAAGCCGACGCUCUGUGUAUUGUGCGUAACACCAGGUGUCUUUGUGAGUCGCGUGUGCAUGUGGCGAGAAAGAAGAGGAAGCUGAUGCCGACCCGGGGACUUUGGUGCCUUCCACACAGCGGCUGUGUGGAACAGUGUUCUCUGCUGAGCUUCCUAACUGUUUUUCAGUGUUGCAUAUUUCUCUCUAAAUGGAAACAUUUAAGCAACAGCUUGUAAAAUGUUUGACAAUAUACCUCUAAUAAACCCAGUAAA